CAGCAGAGACGGUCGGUUACUUUUCGAACAGACGUGAUCUCAAGAGGACGUGUUUCUCCCGCUUCUCUUUCGCUUGCAGAUCCAGCGUUGCAGCGCGUUCGUGUGUGAAGGUGACUCUGUGCGUGUACUGAUAAAUGUAUCUGAGGAACGCGCGUGUGAUGAACGAGCGAAUUAAUUAAGCGAUAAUCAAAACAAAUUAACCGCAACGACGACACAUACUCGUACAAAAGUAUCUCUGUGCCCCCGCAUUGAACUCGCCCUCGAACGAGCAAUGCAAGAAUAAAAGCAACGCAAUCCACAAGUAAACCCCGAACCCAAACCCAAGUGAACGAACUGCCGCAUUGAAUCCAGACCACAGACCCUGAAGGCUUUAUGUUAAAGCUUUCUAGCAAGCCAGCGCCAGCGACAGCCCCCACCAGCACAGCGACGAGCAUGACAGUGACGGGUCUGCGCCAGACGAUGACCAGCCCGACGGUGCCGCCGACCACAGCGCUGGGCAACAGCUCCGGGAGCAGCAGCAGCGGCAGCAGCAGCGGGAGCAACAGCCUGGCCAAUUCCCUCACCUCGAUGGGCAGCGUGAGUCCCACGGCCCAUGCGGCCGGACACCAUCCGCUCUCCAGUCCCACAUCGCCGUCGGCCCUGUUACUGGCCCACCAGCAGCAUCUCCUGGCCCAGGCACAGCACCAGCAUCAGCAGCAACAGCAACAACAGCAGCAGCAUCACCAACAGCAGCAGCAGCAACAGCACCACCAGCAGCAGGCGGCUCUCCAGCUGGCUGCAGUGCAUCCACCGCAUCACCUCCACAAGACCACAUCCCGGCUGAGUAACUUCAGUGUGGCCUCCCUCCUCGCAGACACGCGGCCGCGGACGCCCACCAACCAGGUCAGCGAUGCGCCCACGAAUCUCUCCAGCUCCGCCGCCACCUCGCCCCUCUCCCAAGGCAGUGCGGCGGGAACUCCGCCACCACAGAUGCCGACGGCGGGACAGCCCACAGCCUCGGGCCCUCCACCAACGCAUGCCUUCCAUCCCGCCGCCGUAGCCCACCACGCCCACUUGCUGCACGCGGCCCAUGCGGCAGCAGCCGCCCAUGCUCAGCACCAGCAUCAGCAGGCGGCGGCAGCAGCGGCGAUGGCGCAAUUGCGUCAGGCACAGGCCCAAGCCGAUGCCCGAGCCACAUCCCCUCCCGCCUCCACCAGCUCCACGCCCAACUCCACGCCGGUUGCAUCCUCCGCCAACGCAUCAGGAACGGGGACGGCGCACCUGGGCAGCUCCACACCCGCCAAGAACGAGCGGCACUCGCCGUUGGGCAGCCACACGGACUCAGAAUUGGAAUACGACGAGGACAUGCUGCACGAGCACGAUGUGGAUCACGACGAGGAGGAGGACUCCAUUGUGGAUAUCGAGGACAUGAAUGCCGACGACUCACCGCGCUCCACACCCGACGGCCUCGAAAGCAGAAAGUCGCUAGAGUCGCCGCACGGCGGCAAUCACGGAUCCCAGAUGCAGUCGACCAUCCUCUCGCCGGCGGCUCUGGCCGCCUCCGGUCACGUGCCCAUCCGACCAACGCCGUUCAGUGCUCUGGCCGCCGCUGCAGUCGCCUGGGGCGGCAUGGGAGCUGGUGUGCCCUGGCCGGGCGCCCGCCAAAUGCCGCCCUUUGGGCCGCCGGGCCUGUUUCCGGGACAAGGAUUUGGUGGAGAUGCCAAUGAGCCGCCCAGGAUCAAGUGCAAUCUCCGCAAGCACAAACCCAACCGGAAGCCCCGCACUCCAUUCACCACACAGCAGCUGCUCUCGCUGGAAAAGAAGUUCCGGGAGAAGCAGUACCUGAGCAUUGCCGAGCGGGCAGAGUUCUCCUCCUCGCUGCGACUCACCGAGACCCAGGUGAAGAUCUGGUUCCAGAACCGUCGGGCCAAGGCAAAGCGCCUGCAGGAGGCAGAGAUCGAGAAGAUCAAAAUGGCUGCCCUGGGCAGGGGAGCGCCCGGCGCCCAGUGGGCCAUGGCCGGCUACUUCCAUCCCAGUCUGAUGCACUUGGGAUAAGUGGCGGCCCAGUUGGUGUGCGUCCAUGGUCGCCACCAACGCGCCCCGAGCCAUAGUCCUCCCACGAGUAGGCACUCCGAUAACCAAAUAGCUGAGCCACGUCCCGCUGGAGCAGGACCAGGUACAGGCACAGGCAUAGGCCCUGGAACUGGAGCCGGCACAGGCUCAUCCUGAGCCUCUGAUGUACGGAAAACCCCCAAAAUUUUGCUGUGAUGUUAGCGCAUUUUAUGUUACGAUACUUCCAAAUGUUGUUUCAAAUGCACCCUGUAAAUACUAUAAGCGGGAGUUAGAGAGGAAGUCAGAGAGGGAGAGAGAUAGAUCUAAAGAGAUACGUUAUAGCGAGCUGGUUCCAUAUCCAAUCGAACAUUGUAUAUAUCAAGGCGAAAGCAAGCAGAGAAAUGUUUCCUAAUUGUACAUAAAUCCUAGCAAGUAAAUCCAAUCAUGAAAAUUUCGUUGAUUCGUUAAAGGAAAAUCCCCCGAAAUUAAUUAACAGAAUCAAAAGUAAUUUAUUUGCAAAACUCAAGUCAAUAAGCAUUAAAGAAGAGAGGAGAACAGAAAAUGGCAUCAACUAAAAUGAUACUUGAUUGUAUUGUAAUUUAUAAUUUGCAUCGUAAGUCAGUCUAGCAAAAGAAUCGGAUGGAUCGUGUGUAUGUAUUUAAAAAAUACCUGUAAGCAUCUACACUAAAAUAAACUAAUCUGAAGCUCCAACUAUGCCGUUAAAUAUACAUUAAAUAUACCUAAUACCACAGACCUAUACACAUAGUUCAUAAAUGCAUAAUAUUAUAUUAAUACCAUAUAGCGUUAAUCCUCUGUAGUUGUUUAAACAUAAACCAUAAAAACUAAAAAAAAAUCUAAAAAA